GCAUUAAAAGCGCUUUAAAAGCUCUAGGUAAGGAACUGUCUCAGACGAUGUGUUAGUUGAUGCUUCUGACAAUAUUUUUUUUUUACAUUUACGCAUGAAGCAGAAAUGUCUUCUGUUGAGAGUUUACGGGGUUUUGUCAACGAGCGUCUGACUGCUGCUGCUGAGGAGAUAUUCAGAGUUUUUCAAAGAACUAUCGUCGAGUACGAGGAAGAGAUCGAGCGACAGCGCAGACUGCUGGGUGACGUUUUAAAUCCCGAGAUAAAGCUGCGCAGAAUAGAGCUCCCACAGCAACAUGUCUGUAAGGAGGAGGAGGUUCUCACUGACCAGCUGCUCUGUACCCAGGAGAGGAACUCCAGUCUGGACCAAGAGGACCCAGAGCCUCCACAGGUGAAAGAGGAGCAGGAGGAAAUCAGCACCAGUCAGGAGGGAGAGCAGCUGGAACUGAAGCAGGAGGAUGAAACAUUCUCAGGGACUCCGACUCAUGAAGAGUGCGACGACAGUGACGCAGAACCAACGAAAAGACGUCGCAAAAACAACGGUCGCUGCAACAAUGUGUACAUCCCGAACUCGCCACAUUUUCAGACCAGUCCUCGCUCAGAGAAAAGAUGUAACAGCUGUGACACGUGUGGGAAAACGUUUAAGUACAAGUCGAGAUUGCAGACACACGUGAACGUCCACACAGGCGAGAGGCCGUAUUCUUGCGAAGUAUGCGGUAAAGAUUUCCGAUUAAGCGGAGUGUUGUUAGUCCACAUGAGGACCCACACGGGGGAGAAGCCGUACAUGUGCAAAACGUGCGGGCGAUAUUUCCGACAUCACGGUGAACUGACAAUCCACAUGAGGACGCAUACGGGUGAGAGACCAUACAACUGUAGCACCUGUGGGAAAUCUUUCUGUCGGAAAGCCGAGCUGACUCGGCACGUGAGAAUUCAUACAGGUGAAAAGCCGUAUUCUUGCAAAACGUGUGGCAGAAGUUUUAGAAUCAGUAGUGAUUUAGGGACGCACAGGAGAAGAGUUCACGAUCGGGAGAAGCCGUACGUUUGUAAGAUCUGUGCAAAACGGUUCUUUGCUUCUUCCGAUUUGGCAAAGCAUAUGAAGCUGCAUGCAGGCAAAUAGGCUUCUAUGUAUGCAAACCUGGGAUAAUGUCGAACAUUUCAUUGAACAUAAUUACAUUUUCAAUGAGAAAAGGUACAUUCUGGAGGAUUCCUUUAAAUUUAGUCAAACCUACCAAAUGGAUAGUAUUUUGGACCCCUGUUUGUAUAUGUAGUAACAAUGCUUGCCCUGAUUAAGCAGUAUGUGUUGGGGGGGGAGCAUAGAAUAAUCAGAUCAUCAGAACUUAUUUCAUUAAAAGAAAAUGUCCAAAAUCA